GCCCGUUCCCCCGACCGAACGAUUGCCGAAACCGCAUUGCAAUGUGCUCAUGGCACAACUGCGGGAUUACUUGCACACUGCAGUACCAGCUCCGUUGAUGGACGUCGGAGUAGAGGUUGUCGACCUUCACGUUUACAUUGCGAAGAUCAACCGCGAGUUCAAGACGCAACGCCGGAGUUUGGAGGAGCAUGUGGAACACCUGCGCACCCUUUUGGAGCGGCUACGACAAGCCAAGUACAAAGCCAACCGCGAUAAGUGUGAAUUCGCGCGGCAGGAGCUGGAGUACUUCGGACACUAUGUGAUGCCACAAGGCAUCCGUCCGCUCGCGGACAAGAUCGAGGCCCUACGAGCUGGGGUCAUAGAUGCUGCACCUAUGACGAGGUUACGGUCGCCAAAGGUGCCAUUCGUAUUCGAUGACGACGCACGCCGGUCAUUCCGAGCACUUAAGACGGCCAUGCUCAUGGCACCCGUCCUCAGCAUCUAUGACCCCACCUUGCCGACGAGAGUGACUACGGACGCUUUCGGCUAUGGCAUUGGGGCAGUCUUGGAACAACACGACGGCGACGACUGGCACCCUGUGGAGUAUUUCAGCCACAAAGUGCCUCCCAUCAACUCGCUUGAUGAUGCAAGGAAGAAGGAGCUACUUGCGUUCGUCGUGGCUCUCAAGCAAUGGCGACACUUCCUCCUUGGGCGUCGUAGGUUCACAUGGGUUACGGACAACAAUCCAUUGACCUACUACAAGACGCAGGAUACGGUGAGCAGCACUAUCGGACGGCGGAUGUACUGCAUUGACCAAUUUGACUUCACACCGAAACAUCUUCCCGGCCUCUCCAAUCGCGCAGCAGAUGCACUCUCGCGAAGACCUGAUCUUUGCGCUAUGACUCAUCAUGCCUUCGCAUUCGACGAGGAGCUUCAGCGACACUUCAUCCGGGCAUAUGAGUGUGAUCCGGACUUCGCCACGCUGUACGCACAGCUAUCUUCAGAUCACCCGCCGGCCAGCCACUAUCGCAUUGCCGACGGAUACUUGCUCCUCCACUCGAGAGGCAAGGACUUAUUGUACAGGCAGACGGAGCAGGCACAUCAAACCGCUCAAAUGAUGCUUUGUACGCUCAUCCGUCCGGACCAGAAAGAUUGGGUUGACAGCCUCCCCGUCAUCGAGUUCGCCUACAACACUUCGGUGCAUCCGGCGAUCGGCGUGACUCCAUUCGAGUUGCACCACGGUGGACGGAAAGGCCGGAUCUUCGCCGACCUUCUCCUCCCUCGACCAGCCGCCUGCUCUCCCGCUUCCGUCCGGAAGUACAGGGAAUUGCUGACUCAAGCCCGCGCAAACAUGCAAAAGGCUCAAGUCCGCAUGCAGCAGCAAGCCAACAGUCGCCGCGUACCAUGUCCCAUCCGCGCCGGUGAUCUGGUUUGGGUCUCCGCGAAAGAGUUUGCACUGGAACAGGAUGUUUCACGCAAACUGCUUCCCAAGUGGUUUGGACCUUGGUCUGUGACAGCAGCCGCGGGCGAUGAGCCCGAUGGCCCUUCAUUUGUGAUCAACAUUCCAGAGCAUCUGACGGUCCAUCCGGUCUUCCACGCCUCGAAGCUGGCAACAUACACGCGAGCCAAGAGCGACGACUUUCCGGACCGACGAUCGCAGGACCCUCCUUCUAUGGAUGGUCAUCAGGAAGUUGACCGCGUCAUCACCGAUCGCAAGUACGGCAGCAAGCCGCGGCAGUACAAAGUCACAUUCAAAGCAUGCGAUCGCGACGACACUCGGUGGAUUUCAGGCGUAGAUUUGAAAGCAUCCGUACCGCUGAUCUACGCACAUUAUGAAAGGCGGAGGUUAGCUCAGGAAGCUUCACGACCARCCCCUCCCACCCGGACUGUGGUCCCUCCCUCAGACAGACAGCUUCGCCCUCGCAGAGCCCUCUUCACAUUGGGGCAAGGUCUACGCAAUCAGUUGGAGUAUCGGUAUGGAUUGCUGGCAACUGAAGAUGAUUGCAACGAAAACACAAAUAACAACAGCAACAUCAGCUACAGCGACGUCAAGUAUGGGGUUGGUGCCAACAAUAACAAUCAUGGGCGGGGCGACGUCCAAGGCUGCGCCAUGAUGGGAGUGAUGCUGCAGGUGGACGCGGAAGAUACGGGAGAUGGUUUGGGAUUGGGAGAAAUGGGCGAAGGGGGUGCGAAGGAUGACAACAAUAUUAACAACGAUGGCGAGAACAACAACGUCAACAACGACAACAACAACCAGAACAACAACAACGGCAAUGAGGGCGGGGACGAAGUCCACAGCAGCAGCAUGAAGGGUGUGCUGUCGUGGGUGGACAUGGAUGAUAAAGGUGGUGACAACAACAAUAACAACAACAUCAACAACAACAACAACAACAAUGAUGAUGAUGAUGGGGGAGGUGACGUUCGAGGCUGCCGCAUGAGGGGAAGGAUACAGCAGAUGGAUGUGGAUGAUAACAGAGACGACAACAAAAAUAACGACAACAACAACAACAACAACAACAACAACAAUAACAACAACAACAACAUCGACUACAACAACAACAACGUUGACAGCGGAGGGGGAGACGUCCAUGGCAGCAGAAUGAUGGGUAAGUUACCGCGGGCAGACGCGGUUGGAAUAGGCGUGGACACGGGAAGCGGGUUUUCUGACUUUCUCCUUGCAAUAAUUUUUGGCCUCGAUAUGGAGUUGCUUCUCGUUGUCUGUCGGAGGAUAGGAGUAGGUUAGGCAGUGAUGAUUGGGUUGCCCGGCCUGCAAUACCAAUCAACACUGGGGUGGUGA